AUGUCCUCGCGGCUCCUGGCGCUCUGGCUAGCCCUGGCCCUGGUGCUGGUGCUGCUGCUGGACGACGCGCAGGGCGCCAAAGGCCGCGGGGGCAAGAGGGGCCGGGGCCGCAUGCGCUCUUCGGGCUCCGCCCGCUACAUCUUCUACACGCACCCCAAGAGGAAGGAGUACUACGACAACCCCAACGGCGCGCAGAUUGAAAAGGCCUCGCACUUCGACUACGAGUUCUUCCUGGGCCACAAGAUCGUGUUCAUCUGCGUCGCCAGAGGGGUUCCGAGGCCACGCAUCACCUGGUACAAAGACGGCAUCGAAAUCUUCGCCCACCCCUACAUGCAGUCCAUCCUCCAGAUCUCCGAGUGGCAGCUCGAGGGCGACCGGAUCAAGAGCAAGCUGGAGAUCGACCCGGCCAGACAGAUGGACUCCGGGAACUACGAAUGUCAGGCGGACAACAAGUACGCCAUAGACAGCCGUACUUUCAAGGCAGACUUCAGCUCCCUCGGCAGCUAGAACGAGAGCCACCCACCCAUGUCCUCGCAAACACACCAGGCGAUGUCACCGUCCGAAGAAUUUCCUACCCUCUCGUAUGGCUCAUGUCUUCCAGUCUUAAAACC